AUGACUCGUAUCAUUGAGAGGAAUGUGAAAACGGAAAGGGAAUUGUACCUGGAAGAGCUUAUCGAUGCUGACAUUGAUUAUCUCGACUAUUGGCUAGAUACUCAAGACAGAUAUCCUAAUCUUUUUAACUUGGCUAUGUCCCUUUACCACAGAAAACUCUCAACAGCAGACGUCGAAAGGUGUUUCUCCAUUAGUAAAAGAGUACUAGAGAACAGGUUUUCACUCUCAAGCACCAAUUUGAAGUGCACUAUGAAUCUUCGUAAUCGAUUGAAGUGCUUCGGACUAGGCAACAACUUGCCCCUGGUGAAUGAUAUACCGUUUGAGCAAUGGAUAGAAGACGAUGAAAGUGACAUGUAUAGAGUUGGGAACUCGAUGUUUUUUGCGUCCGAGCGUAAUGAUGACUGCGAGCCAAUUUUUGUCGAAUCGGAUUCUGAUUUUAUCGAUGAACUCGAGUAA